GCAUUUUGAUCACGGAGAGGAGACAAAACGCUGCGUUUUAACAGCUCUUGCUCUCAGGAUUAUCUUCAUUCCACGAGUGCGGGAGAAGAGAGAAUGGCUACUCAGUUCUCAUCUCCCCUAACACUCUCUGCAAUUCCUUCCAAAAUCUCCAAAUUCCACCAUAACUCGAAAUCAGUUGGAAUUCAUUUCAGAUGCAGUUUAGAAAAUGAGAGCCACACUCAAGGAGUUUCAGACCACUCAGCAGAACCCAUCAAGGCAAAGGGAUCUCCAGCAUUAAUCUCACGGCGUUCAUGUCUUACAUGUUUAUGUACAACUAUGGUUUUGAUAAACACUUCUGGCAGUUCUGCCACCAUACAAAAUGCCAUGGAUGCAAAAGAAAAACCUGUAUGUCGGAACUGUGGUGGCAGUGGUGUUAUUCUUUGUGAUAUGUGUGGUGGUACGGGAAAAUGGAAAGCUCUCAACAGAAAACGGGCUAAAGAUGUUUACGAGUUUACUGAAUGCCCAAAUUGUUAUGGCCGGGGGAAACUUGUCUGCCCUGUUUGUUUAGGGACCGGUUUACCAAAUAACAAAGGCCUGCUUAGAAGGCCUGAUGCUCGGCAGUUACUUGACAAGAUGUAUAACGGCCGGCUAUUGCCAAACUCUUAAGGCUGCCCUCUACAUAACCUACCAGUUCAGCGGACGUGAUUCCUUUUACUUCAACAUUUGAACAGAUGCAGUUAGAGGCCGUUGGAUUGUGAUAGUACACUUCAAUGGGAUGGCUAAAGAGGAGGCUCAGCCAGGGGAAAAGAGGCUCGGAUAAGAAGAGGUGGUACUAACUGUUACACUACAGAUAUGAUGCAUAUGAGAGGUUUCUCUCUCCAUAGAGUAGCCAUCAAAUUGGCCUCAGCAGAAAAAACUGAUCAGAUUCCGAUCAAGAUUAGCUCGUUUGAAUGCUGGGAAACGAGAUCGCAGUAGUAUUGUCAAAACUAGUCGACUUCUGGGUUUCUGGGUGAAGUAGUUUUGAGUACUUUGAUUAUUGUAAGACAAUCCCUGAAGAGUGAGUAGGCUUGGUAGUUCCAUUGGAAAAUGGAACCAUUUCAUCUUGUUUUGCAUCUGAAAUAUAACAUGAUAUACUUUUAAAUGCAUUUGUCUUUUGAGGCUUAA